AUGGCAACCGAAGCUCUACACAUGCACAAAGACCGUCUCUCAGCUGAGGACCUCGAUCUCAAAGAUCCCCACGUCUCCUCCAGCCUCGCCCUCUUCGCCAUCCACAACCUCAUCCGCCGCAACCUCAAGGCCUGCGCAGAACACGCAAUCACAGUGCAACCAGCGAACAUCGACGCCUUCGUCACCUACGCAAAGUACACCCUCCACGUCCUCCGCGACCAACUCACCUCCGUCGACGAGAUCUGGUUCCCCGUCUUCGCGGAGCACGAUCCCCGCUUCCUAGCACAAAAGGACGCACACGAUGCCCUGUACCAGAGAAUCACCGCGGUGGACGCGCAGCUAGCCACUCCCCCAGCGGAGCUAGGCCAGAAUGAGCUCCUCUCUGCGGAGAUAGCAGCAGCCUUUGCUGAGCUGCACGAGCUAACUGACAAGCAGUACGAUCUCGAAGAGGACCUCAUCAACCAGCUAGGCCGCAAGGUGCCUAUGGACACUAUACGCGGCCUGGAGAAGAAACAGGAGGAGAGAAGGAGAGCUGAUGUCAAGGUGUAUGGGCAUUUGUGGACGGCUGUGUAUCUUCUGCGGGGCCUUGACCCGAAGGAGAGGGCGAUUUUCCCGCCGGGGAUUCCGAAGUUGAUUGCCGGGGGGAUGUUGACGGCGGGGGCAAUGCAGUUUCGGAGGUGA